AUGCUACGAUUAGGUUCAAAAAAUAAGGAAAAAUUAGAAGAGACCACUACUCCAGUAAAAGACAAGGUUGACUUUUAUUGUGAAUUUUCAAAAGUAAAAAAUACAGUUAAGGCAACAGAUAUAUGGAUAGGCUUACUAGAGAAGUUUCGAGAUGAACAGUUAUAUAUAGGAAAGAUUCAGGAAGUGGAAUCUGAACAAGAUUUAAUUGAACAAUUAUGCUCUUUUUUUGCUAAUAUGAAGAAGAAAAAUGGUGCUGACUAUUCUGUUAAUUCUAUUAGAGUUUCUCUUGCAGCUGUUAAUCAUUUUUUUCAAGAAAAAUCAAGAAUUAAAAAUAUUGAUUUAUAUAAUGAUUCUUGUUUUAAAGCUAUAAAAGAAGUUGUUAAUGGAAAAAUUAGAUUUUUAUCUAAAAAUAGAAAAGGUGAAACUAAAGGAACAGAUUCGCUAAAAGCUAAAGAAAUUACCCAAAUAUUAAAUCAUAGAUUAUUAGAUGGUACCACACCUGAAAGAUUAUUGAGAAGAGUGUUCUUUAUCAAUGCAAUAUAUCUUGGGAUUCGUGGAGGAGAACAUGCAUUACUUAAUGGAACUGAUUUUGUUAAAUGUAAUGAUGGUGGAUACAAUGUUUUUAUUUAUUGUUCCAAAAACAACCAAAGUGGUCUUACUGAAAAUCGAGGAAAGGCAGAAAAAUUGGUUUUAGCAAAUCAUCCAGAAGUUACUACAUUUCUUGAUAAAUAUUUAUCAUCAAGUCCCUAUGAUACAGAUCCAGAUUUCUACCUUCAAGAAGUUGAAGAAGAAUUUGGUAAUAUAUUUUAA